GUGUGUGUGUGUGUGUGUGUGUGUGUGUGUGUGUGUGUGUGUGUUGGUUGUGGUGUAUGAACAGCAUGGCCAACAUCGCGGUUCAGCGGAUCAAACGGGAGUUUAAAGAGGUUCUGAAAAGCGAAGAGACAAGUAAAAACCAGAUCAAGGUUGAUUUAGUGGAUGAGAAUUUCACAGAGCUGAGGGGGGAAAUCGCAGGACCGCCAGACACACCUUAUGAAGGUGGCAGAUUUCAACUAGAAAUUAAAAUUCCAGAGACGUAUCCAUUUAAUCCACCUAAGGUGCGGUUUAUAACGAAGAUCUGGCAUCCCAACAUCAGCUCAGUAACAGGAGCCAUUUGCUUGGAUAUCCUGAAGGACCAGUGGGCGGCGGCCAUGACCCUCCGAACAGUGUUACUGUCACUACAGGCUCUUCUGGCCGCUGCUGAACCAGAUGAUCCACAGGACGCUGUAGUCGCCAAUCAGUAUAAACAGAACCCAGAGAUGUUCAAACAGACGGCUCGACUCUGGUCACAUGUUUACGCGGGAGCUCCCGUCUCCAGCCCAGACUACACACGCAAAAUAGACAAACUCUGCGCUAUGGGCUUCGAGAAAAACGCAGUAAUAGUGGCGCUGUCGUCGAAGUCCUGGGACGUGGAGACAGCGACAGAACUCUUGCUCAGCAACUGAGUCCCACACGAGGAGCCGAAGCACCCGAUCUCACACAAUCACUCUCUUUCUCUCCUCGCCAUCUUUUCCAUUCCUUUCCUCAAAAUAGUUCAUCCCAAACUGAAAACGUCACGUUUAUGUUGUUCGAAACUCGUGUUUGUUCAGCUGAAUGUUCACGCUGCUCUUUCUCUGCACAAAGAAAGGUUUUUGAACAACAUGAGCGCGAGUUUAAGAUGCGUUUACUUUCAUUUUUGGGUGAACUGACUGUGAACUUUUCUAUCUCAUUCUUUUGUUUACUUAUUUUUGUUUGGAUGUGCCUUUUUUCUUUCUCUCUUAUAAUCUUCAUCAUCAUUAUCAUCAUCAUCUCCUUCAGAACGGUGCAGCAAUCUGACUCCAGCCCGACUGUAGCCCCGCCCCCUCACACACACACACACACACACACUGCAGUCUUUCUCCCUCCCGCACAAUCAUUGGCUCUUUUAUCUGGAAAGUAUUUUUAAAACUACAGUGUCGAACAGAACGUCGUGAAAUGGUUUCUAUCACUCAUAGAUGUUAAUCUCAAACAUUGAAGACUGGAAAACACACACACACACACACACACACACACAGAUAUUUGAAAGACAAGAGUUCAUCUGUAAAUAAAGCUAUUAAAGUCUGUAUAAAUUAAAGCAAUGUGGCAAUGCCUUUAUUUAUUAUUGCUUUGUGGAAUAGUGAAAUAAACACUAGUUUCAUGGCUGAGCA